UGCUAGCUGCUUGUCCUCAUCGGGAAUGUAGACCACUGGAGCGUGUUGAGCAAGAAAAGCAAAGCUGUUGCGCGAGCAACUAUUUUCAAGUUGUGUCUUCCCAUCCCAAGUGCAAGGCUGUCUGAUUGCGCUUGUUUGAAAUUCUACAGAGGCCUGUCAAUAAGGUUCUUGCAUCAUCUAUCAAAAGUGAAUGGGAAAACCCAAAGAACAGAGAUUGAUAAAUAGCUCCAUAGCAUGGCUGUAGCCGGAUGUCCAGAUUAUUUUCUACACCAUCCAAAUUAUCAGCAGGACAAUGUAGACCGAGCCUCCAAUCACAGACCAGCAGAUCUAAUUGGGCCGAGUUUCCAGAAGUCAACCAAUCGGAACCCCCCUAACCAUCAAGAAGAUGAUGUGGACCUGGAGGCGCUGGUGAAUGACAUGAACUCCUCGUUCGAGAGCCUGUACUCCACAUGCAGCAGCGUGCAGUCUGAGUCGGUUCCCCUCCUGCAGCACAACGGCCAGGUGCAUGUGCACCGCGACCACCACCGCAGCGCCCCCAUGCCCCCCCACACCCACACCUCCAGCAGCGAGCUGCAGCACAGCACCACCUCCCCCAAACAGAGACGCCGACGCUCCCAGCCCAUGCACAUCCUCGCCGUCAGGAGACUGCAGGAAGAGGAGCAGCAGCUCCGGACGUCCUCUCUGCCAGCCAUCCCCAACCCCUUUCCCGAGCUCUCCGGCUCUCCUGUCCUCAGCCCUGGGUCCUUACCUCCGUGUCAGCCCUCAGGCACAUACAUUAUAAACAUUUUCAGCGAGGACGGCAUGGGGAAAGUAGUGGAAAUCCCAGCCGACAUGACUUCAAGAGAUCUUUGCCAGCUCCUCGUGUACAAAAGCCAUUGUGUGGACGACAACAGUUGGGCACUUGUUGAGCAUCACCCUCUCCUCGGACUAGAGAGGUGCUUGGAGGACCAUGAGCUAGUGGUACAAGUGCAGGCAUCCAUGACCAGCAAGGGCAGAUUUCUGUUCAGGAAGAACUAUGCCAAAUAUGAAUUCUUCAGAAAUCCCUUGAAUUUCUUUCCCGAGCAUAUGGUUGCAUGGUGCCAGGGAACAAAUGGUGCAAUCCCACCAUCUCAACUUUUACAGAAUUUCUUGAACUCCAGCAGUUGUCCUGAGAUCCAGGGCUUUUUAUACGUGAAAGAGAUGGGCAGGAAAUCCUGGAAGAAGCUGUACGUGUUCCUUAGACGCUCAGGACUUUACUUUUCUACGAAAGGAACGUCGAAGGAGCCCAGGCAUUUACAGUUACUAGCAGACCUGGAGGACAGCAAUGUCUUCACAGUAACAACAGGCAAGAAGCUACACAGUGCGCCGACAGACUACGAGUUCUGUAUAAAGCCCAACAAGAGGACUGAGCUGAAAGAGUUGAGGAUGUUGUGUACUGAAGACGAACAGAGCAGAACUUCCUGGAUGACAGCCUUCAGACUCUUCAAGUAUGGAAUAGUCCUCUAUCAGAACUACAAGAUUCCUCAGCAGAGAAAAACUCUGUCACACUUUUCAACACCAGUGCGGAGUGUGUCCGAGAAUUCUCUGGUUGCCAUGGAUUUCUCAGGAAGGAUAGGCAGGGUGAUCGACAAUCCCUUGGAGGCCCAGAGCGCUGCCAUGGAAGAGGGCAAUGCCUGGAGGAAGAGAAGUCAACGGAUGAACAUUCUAGGUAGUCCCAGUCCACUACAUCCCUGUUUAUUAAACUCAGUUAUUCACAGAACACAGCUGUGGUUCCAUGGGCGGAUAACGCGAGAAGAGUCCCAUCGGAUGAUCCACCAACAAGGCCAGGUGGACGGGUUGUUUCUGUUGAGGGACAGUCAAAGCAACCCAAAGGCCUUUGUCCUCACACUGUGCCAUCACCAGAAAAUUAAGCAUUUCCAGAUCUUACCGUGUGAAGAGGACGGCCAGAUCUUCUUCAGCCUUGACGACGGGUCCACCAAAUUCACCGACCUGAUCCAGCUGGUGGAGUUCUACCAGCUCAACAGAGGAGUCCUGCCUUGUAAACUCAAGCACCCCUGCACCCUCGUAGCCUUAUGACCCCUGACCUAUGACUUGACCGGACUCUGCCUACAAACAAACUCAAGACUUUUUCUUUAGGAGAAGCUAAAGUGAUGAACUCAUGUUGUUCUUGAUGUGUCAUGAGCUGCCAGAGACUGCGGAUGGAACAGGACGGAGUGGUUGGGGGGUUAGGAUGGACGCCAGUGGACUUCAGUGACCUCUGUGUUCCGGAAGGAAGGAGGAGAUAAAGAAGCAAAAAUAAAGCAAAAAGCUGCACCACGUUGUUAUUAACUCUUAUAAAAAACAAAAACAUUUUCAAGUUUGUAUUCAUAGUCACCAAUAAGCUCUGAUCCACUGACACUGUUUAGUGACAGUUUAUGAGAUCAAAGUAGUUUUUAUUUUCCUUGUCCAAUCAUCAGGACUUUGUUUAGUCUGGGCCACUUUUUUACAUAAUGAAAGUAUUUUUUUGUGUUACAAAUCAUCUAUACUACAACCUUUUUCUGAAAAGCUGAUUGUUUUCUAGUUUGGCGCUUGUGAAACUGGGAACAGGCCUUUCCACACUGACUGAAGAAGAAUCCCUCUACUGUCUCAUUCUUCUCGUUACCAACAAUGGCAAAUCCCUCCUGUGUUGGAGGGAUGGAUGGACAAUCUGAUAUUCGUAAAAAGAACAUCAUGAGACAGAUCACGAGGCCAGCUGUCUCUGUCAAGCUGUGGGAAAGGAGAGGCUGGAGCUGGUAACUUAGGAUGGAGCUGAAGGAUACUCUAGGACUACACAGGAUCCAUUCAUUCCACUCUCUUAGGACUUGUCUUUCUUUCUUUGGUGACCUCACAGGCUUUUGUGUUCAUAACAUUUUAGUACUGCAUCAUCAAAUGUGUUCUUAGUCCGUUUUAGUUUCUUAUCAGUCUGGAGCGUAUAGAUUUCUAAUAGUCACACAACAACAACUAAAUCACUACAUCCAGUUCAGUGUUAAAUCAAUCCAUCAUCAGCUCCACCAUCCGGUGUUCCACAUACAACCACAUGAACUUCCCCCCCAAAAUAGAAACUACUACAGGUAUUCAUUCACUCCCCGUCUCAUCCACUCAUUUAAGUCCACGUAAUAGGUAGCUGUUGUGGUCCACGCUCCUAGCCUAGUCCUAUACUGUGUGCUAUAACCAACCCUUCUAUUGUUGCCUACAGUACGUAUUCAGAAUGGCACUAGGCUACCAAGCUGCUCCUCAGGUGAUAACAAGCAACAUAACAGCCAAGGAAGGCUCUGCUCCUGGGUCUCUCUUGGUGUCAAUGCAAUAAUAAUCUAUAUGUAAAACAUUGGAAAGCAUAUGGCCAUCUUGUGGACUGUAAUUCCAUGUUGUAAGCACUCUGAAGACAUGGUUAUGAUUAUAUGACUAAAACCUAACUUAGGCCAAUGGGGAGGGUGCCACAGUUUUCUUUUAAACCCACCUGUUUGCAUUCGCUCUGUCAGAACACAGGGAAAUAUAACCACUACACCAACCUCUUGUGAUCCACUAGAGGGAUCUGUCUAGCUCAGAGUUGAUGUGUACAGUCCAAGGUCGGUCUGUCUGUUGUGCUGUCUGUAGAAUUGAACUGGAAUCAAUCGACUCAUCUGCUGUGAGGACCCAUCUUCUUAAUCCAAGUGUGCGUCCCAAAUAGCACCGUAUUCCCUACAUAGUGCAUUACCUUACUUUUGAGUAGGGCCCAUAAGGCUUUGGUCAAAAGUAGUGCACUAUAUCGGGAAUAGGGUGCCAUUUGAGACUGAAGUCCGUUCAUUUUGGACUUGUUGCUUUUCUUUUCCAUGAUGUGAUUGAAUGAUUGUUUUUAGAACAGACACUGUGAAGCCCAAGUAAUGGAUGAUACCCUGAAGUGGAAGCGUUUUUACUGUCCAGCCUCGUCCAAGGCUGCAGUGAACACAAAGAUUUGUAAAGAUGUUGUAACGCAACAUUAAGAAAGAGCCAUCUUUUUAUUUUAUUUAUGGUGUCUUAAGCUGGAUAGAUUCAGAUACACAAUAUUAGCCACACUAUCUACAAGUUCUGCACAAUGACAUUUCAAAAAAUAAGAUGCAAUGACUCAAUAAUUUCAAGUAUUGUUUCGCAAAUGUAUUUAUUUAUCUAGAUGUGAGUGAUUACUUGAAAUGUAGCUCUUUUCUCAGUGCUGUUCGUUACUGUUUUAUCAUCACCAUGGAAUGAUUGAACCACGUAAUUAUUACAUAGCAUCUAUUACAUAGUUUAUAAUUCAUUUCUUGCUGUUUAUGUUUGAACACUCAAACUAUUUUAUCACCAACACUUACUAUGAAGUAACAUUCAAGUGGUGUUCCCUAGUGGUUUUCAUUCCAAAUUGGUGUCAGUAGAAAAAGUGUGGGGAAUAAAAGUCACUAAUAUUUCAGUCACAGUGCGUUUCACAUCGAUAUUCAGUUUAAUGCCUUUCUCUCACACAUUCUUCUACAUUUAGGAAAUCUUUUCACAUGAACUCCUCAAGAAUAUUUCAAACACACAGGUUGAAUUAGAUUACUUUAAAAAACUUUUUUUUAAAUACAUAUUUCAAUAUUAGACCUCUUCUUAAGUGUGACUUUCACUGAUGCUGUCAAUUGAACGAAUUUCAUAUCUAGAUAAUUAAUUAAUGAGUUGAUUUUCAAAUUCAUAGUUUUUUGAGCAGUCAGUUCAGUUGCUCUGUCCCUUUUCAUUACAGUUAGUUGUCUUCCAUUUUACAGAACGUUCACUCUUUAAACUUUGCGUUAAUCAGAACUUUGUUUCUUGUCAGAAGUGAAGCUAUACCUUUACAAUACUUGAGCCACAAUUGCAAAAAACGAAUUGGUGUACAGUACAUUAAAUGGCCAAGUCUUUUCCACAGCAUAGUGUGUAUUAUCCAAUGAGAAAGGCUUGGAUGUGAUGGCACCACUAGAUGCCCACUGCAGUACCUUUUCCAUGGAAUUUUGAGAGCUACACUUCACUGUUUAUUGGGUGUGACCAGAGCCGUGAAUAUAUAAUAUAUGUUACUGUGGGGCUCUGGGUGUGGCAUCAUUAUGACUAUACAAUGAGCAGGUUAGGUGCCAACGCUGUUUCCUACUCCUAUGCUAAAUUAGGUCAAAACAAUGGACAAUAUAUCUUCCCAUUGGUCAAAAUUAUUUCAGUAGAAAUCAGUUAGGAUUGCCUCCUCCGAUGGUAAUCUUAGCUGUACAAUGUUAUAUGCAACUCAUGUAAAAGUUGUGUAUUGAAUCAAUGUACCAUAUUAGCAUAUGCAACCAUGUAGAUGCAACACUGUAUUUAGGUUACAGAUCACUAUUAUUACCGCAUUGGCUUACUCUUAACUACUUAUGAAAUGAAGAAACUUGAUUUAUUUUGGUGGUUUUUAUCAUUUGGUUUAAUGUGCAUAUCGAGUUUGUUUCUUAUGUGUUUCUCAUGUAAAAACCUCUUCACAAAUGUCUGUAAUAUUGAAAUGUUGCUGGUAUGGAACUGGAGUUGGCUUGGGCAUCUUUUCAUAGUUCCUGCAAGUCAUCCUAAGCUACUCAGACAUCACUGACUUCUCAACACUAACUGUUUAGGCCUGUCAGAUACAGAUACAUAGGUGUUUUUCAUAUUCAGAAACAUUCAUAUCAGAGGCGAGUUCUCUCACAUAGUGUCUUGCUAUGAACUAGUAGAAUGUUGCUAGUGACAUUGAAUCACCUGCAAAGUAGUGAACUGAUGAAAGUGAAUUAAGUAAAUGUACUUUUUUAUGUCAGAGAAAUGAAUGUAACUGGGUUGCUCAGGGUUGACAUGGAGCCUGUUGAAAACUGGUCAUAUCGUCAGACCAGUGGGAUUUUGUAUGUGCAACGAAUACAUUGUGUAGUACUUUUGAUCAACUUGGGGUUAAUAGUAUUUCACCAAACAAUAUUUUCUUUAGUAAGUAGUUUGGCCUUUAUGAUAUUCUUUCAGCAUACCAGUAGUUUCUCCAAAACAGUAGUACAGCACAGUUGAUUUAAGGUGUCCUCUUUUCUCUUGUGUAAGUCUGUCUGUCUCAAGAAGCCUAAAACGCAGCAGGUGCCUCUGAUGACCUUUUUCUCUGCACUAAACCAGAGCUGACUUUGGACCGUUCAUGGGAACCUUUUCCAGUGAUCGAUGAUGACUCUUGUGCUUUGCAUAUAUUGUCACAAUGCAAGAUAUAGUGACUGUACAAAGGAGUAAAGCAAAUAUAUAUAGAUCUAUAUAAAUAUAAACCAUUAUGUAUUUCAGGGAAUGCAACAAAAAACAAGAACCUGUAUCUCUUUUUAAGAGAAAGAUCCUGUAUUCAUACUGUGCUUUGCUUCGAUCUGUAAAUAGCUGAAUGGCUUAUAUAUCUUAAUUGUAACCUUUUCAGGUAUUUUUGUACAAAUAAGGGACUGAUAUGUUCUGUUUAUUGUAAUUAGAAUAAAACAUUAAUACAUUGCUAUUCA